UCAUCAGCACCAUCGGAGACCCCUUGAGUUCAAGGAGGAUUCAGAACUGCAGAAUGAAGAAAAUCCUUUUUGGGUCCCUGAAAGACUCACCCGAAUCUUGUUGGAUCAAGAAAGGCAUACAACCCAGCCACCCAGUAAAGAUGAGUAGGCCCCUUCUGCUGAUGAUCCUGACAAUCGAAGUCGGGCUCGUUUAAGGGGAACCACGCUGGGGUAUCAUGUCAACCUUCCCGCUGCCUAUGCUGGUGAUGUAUAAUGCCCAAGUUUACCCCAGAUUCUUUGUAACUAAUAAAAAUUUAGGCCUUGCCUAUCUACCCCGAGAUGAGCAGAUUGAGGAGCUUAUGGAAAACAGGACUAUACCCCUUAAGGGAAGUCUGUGUUUUCUAGUAGAAGGAAAUAAUUUUAGCAGCCCCUGUAUUAUACUAGGAAAUCUUUCUUCAGCAUGGUUGAAAGAAGCCACGGUUGGUGGCAAAGCCUUUAACAUCGUGGCAAAUGCCACAGUACUCUAUGGGUGGUGGCCACGGUCUCCCACUACUAAUAAAACUUCUGCCCCACCGAUUCAACCAAAAUUGGCCCCGUUUUGUACUGGCCGACAAGAUAAAGGAUUGGCCUUGCCAUGGACGGGGUGCCAAUCCAGGGAUGCCAUGUGGGCCGUGGAAGGCCUGUUCUUUUUCUCCCAAUAUAGGGAGAGGAUCAAAUUUUACUGUCAUGGACCCCGACCAAGCUAACACAAACCCUUUUGAUCAGUGGUUGCUCUGUGGAGUUAAUGGAAGCUGUACAGACCUUUCACCCCUGGCCAUGUUAAAAGGAGGCAGGGGAGAGCUAGGACAGUUAGAAUAUAAUUGGCAGGGAAAUUUUGGCAAACAACUCUCAUCAGGCAAGAGUUCAGGAUCAGGUCGUUGGACCACCACUGAUAUUAAAUAUAAGACCUUUGCCUAUGAAAAUUAUGCUACCACCCCUGUCUGUGUUUGGCCACCAUUUAUUUGGAUUGUUAGCAACAAAAGCCAUGUUGAAGCUAGGCUGGAAUGUGGGGAGGGGGACUGUUAUUACACCUUAUGCUGGGAUGCUGAGAGGUUCCCCAUUGCGAUAGUGACCCGAAUGCCACGUUUUGUACCUGUUCCUGUAGAGGCCCCCAAUAGCAUGUCAUUAUCUAGACAGAGAAGAGAUUUUGGGAUCUCAGCCAUUGUUGUGGCUAUAAUUGCCACCACUACAGUUGCGGCAUCAGUUACAGCCUCUACCCUCGCUCUGUCCAGUUCAGUGCAAGCUGCACAGAGCAUUAAUGAUCUGUCCGCCACAGUAUUUCUGGCUAUAGAUAAGCAGACCUCCGCUAAUACUCAAAUACAAGGAGGCCUUAUGUUGGUCAAUCAACGCAUUGAUCUAGUACAAGAGCAGUUGGAUAUUUCAUGGCAAAUGGCACAGCUGGGGUGUGUGCAGAAGCUCCCUGGCCUAUGUAUUACUUCUAUCCCAUAUAAAAAUUUUACUAAAGCAGCUAAUCUAUUUAAGAGCCUUUCUCAGUACAUUUUGCAGAAUUGGACUUCUGAAUUUGAGCAGACGCUCCGCGAACUGAGGACGGCCGUACUCCAGAUCAACUCCACACGUCUUGAUCUUUC